AUGUAAAUUAAUUUAUUUAUUUAAGAUUUAUUUGUAAUAAGUUUACCGGAUAUCACAUCACUAAAUUUUUUCUAAUAAAUAAAAUUUAGAUUUUAAAUUUAUGUAAUUGUGAGAAAAAAAUUUGAAAUUAAGAGAACAUUUAUUUUUCUGUUUUUUCACAAUCAAGAAUCAUCUUGCUAAAAUGACGUAGAAGAAAAAUAAAAAAGUAAAAAUCUGAUUAUUGCGUUGGUCAAUUUUUAAAAAUAAACCUACUUUCAUUACUUUAAAAUAAAAAAAUAGGUUUUAUAUUUGAAUAAUUAAUAAUAAAGUAAACUUUUUAUAAGUAUUAAUGAAAAAAUAUUUAAUAAUGUUCUUAUUUUUUUAUAUAUUUUAUGUUUUUAGGUAAAUAAAUUAAAACAUUUUACGGUCAAGGAAUAAUUUUAUGACUAUAUACCCUAAAAAUAAUCUUUAAACAUCAUUGUCUUAGUGCAAUAAAAAUACAUUUACCCCUUUAAAAUUAUCAAUUAAAUUCCAAAAAAAUAUUAUAUUUUAAUAUUAAAUAUACAAAUAUAUUUAUUAUUCAUUUAUUUAUUAAUACAUACGUAUAUACAUAAAUACAUACAUUUUGAUUUACUCUUUUUAUUACUUAAGCUAUUAAAGUUAAAUUGA